AUGGCUUGGAAAAAUCAAGAAAUAAAAGAUGACAUGCAUAUUGGAAGAAAAAACAUACAAUGGUUUGCUGUAGGAGAUGAUGAUACUGUUUGGUUUGUAAACAAUCUAUUGGAUACACUUCAACAAUACAACUCAUCGAACUUGAUGUAUAUAGGAGAUAUUUCUGAUAAAAAAUCACAAGUCAUACGUCAUGGUGAUUAUUAUGCUUAUGGAGGUGGAGGUAUUCUGUUAAGUCGACCAUUAGCAAUAUUAUUCGCACAACAUACUCAAGACUGUAAACGAUUUCUUCAUUUAUAUGGUGGAGAUGAAAUGAUAGGUAAAUGUAUAACUGAAGUGUUGAAUGGAGAUUUGACCGGUUAUUUUGAAAGUGGUAUAGAUGGACUAGUGUCUUUACAUCAUAUGUUUUCGUUAUGGAAACCAUUUCCUGAUGAACACAUAAAUACAAUAAAUGAAACAAUGGAUCUUCUACAAUUUGCCUAUAUUACAUUUGAUGGAAAUUUUCUGAAAAGAUUUGUACGAGUUAAUUACAAAACUAACCAAACUUUAUUAUUAACAUUGGGUUAUUCAUUUAGUUUAUUUAAUCGAAUAUUAACUCGUGCAGAUCUAACUCUAGUUGAAGACACAGGGUUCGGCACUGAGAUGGCAACAAGAAAAACUAGAUCAAAAGAAAACAAUAAAACUACUUGGUAUUUUCGAAGAUUAACCAUUGAUAAUUCUGAUGGAGCGAUUGGUUAUGGAAUAUUUUACGAAAAUAAGAAAGAAAUAUGUGGUUCUUUUCUAAAGAUACAAGUCUGA